UGUUUUCUUUUGUGAGUUAUCACAAGUAGGUGUCUGAGCCACGUAUUUUAUACCUACAUGAAGGGACUAACUUCACCUUUGGCGGAGGGAGUCUUAUUUCUUGUAGCCAACGUAAUGAUUUAGCGACUAAUUUUCCUCCGCUUCCACGCACUCCCUUCUUGAGGCCAAUACUACUCGGUUGUAAUUCAAUCAAAUAUGCAAAAUAUGUCAUGGUUGGUGUAAGCCAGCUGUGAGUAUGUCCGCUAAACAAGUUUGAACGUGACCACGGAAACAUCCUUCGUGGAUUUUUGAAUUGGGGAGGAGGAGCUAGCCGACUAGCUAACUACAGGUUUUGGCGUGCUAGUCACACGCCGUCUGGAAGCAGAAGAAGCGCGUCUCUCCUCUUCUCCUCACGUUUGGUUCCUGGUGCCCACACGCCGUCCCCAGCUACUAUUCUACGCACUCUUCAAGUUCUCCUGCCGAGCAGCGGUUCUACUCUCUGCUCAUCGGUGGUGGCAGCCAGGAGCCCGUCAACAUGGUCUCAGAGGAGGCUGACAAGGCGUCCGGAGGCAGCGGCGGCGUGCGGCUGAAACAGGAGAUCUCCUUGCUGCACGGCGUCUGCCUCAUCGUGGGCAACAUGAUCGGUUCCGGCAUCUUCGUGUCACCCAAGGGGGUGCUCCAGCACACCGGCUCAUUCGGCUUGUCGCUGGUCAUCUGGGCGGUCGGAGGGGUUUUCUCCGUUUUCGGCGCAUUGUGUUACGCAGAGCUGGGCACAACCAUCCGUAAAUCAGGAGCCUCCUACGCGUACAUCCUGGAGGCGUUCGGGAGCUUCUUAGCAUUCAUUCGGCUAUGGACAUCGUUAUUGAUUGUGGAGCCGGCCUGCCAGGCAGUGAUCGCCUUGACCUUCUCCAGCUACCUCGUCGAGCCACUCUACAUGACAUGCCCAUCCCCCUAUUACGCAGUCCGCCUCAUCGCCGCUGUCAUCAUUUGCCUGCUGACAUACGUGAAUUGUUUGAAGGUGAAGUGGGGCGCCAUUCUUCAGGUCAUCUCCACCGUGGCCAAAGUGCUGGCCCUGAUUGUCAUUAUCAUUACCGGCCUCGUCAAGCUGGGUCAAGGUUUCAGUCAGAACUUUGAGGACUCCUUCCGAGGCUCCAAGAUGAACGCCGGCGAAAUGGCACUGGCCCUCUACUCGGCGCUCUACUCCUACUCCGGCUGGGACACGCUCAAUUUCAUCACCGAGGAGAUUAAGAACCCAGAGAGAAAUCUCCCCCUGAGCAUCGCCAUUUCCAUGCCCAUUGUCACAGUCAUCUACAUCUUGACCAACGUGGCCUACUAUGUGGUCAUGGAUGCCGAACAGGUUCUCAAUAGCGACGCUGUCGCCGUGACUUUUGCGGACGAGGUUCUGGGCUGGGGCCGCUGGCUGAUCCCGCUGGCUGUGGCCAUUUCCUGCUAUGGCGGUCUCAACUCUUCCAUCAUUGCUGCCUCCAGGUUAUUUUUCGUGGGUUCCCGUGAAGGCCACCUCCCCAACAUCCUGUGCAUGAUCCACGUCAAGCGCUACACCCCCAUCCCUGCCUUGAUUUUUAAUGGCUUCAUGUCUCUAUUGUAUCUGACCGUGCCCGACGUCUUUCGCCUGAUCAACUAUUUCAGCUUCAACUACUGGCUCUUCAUCGGCCUGUCCAUUGUCAGCCUCAUCUAUCUUCGCUUCAAGGCCCCCAAGUUGCACCGACCCGUCAAGCUGUCCUUGUUCUUCCCCAUCGUGUACAGCCUGUGCAGCCUCUUCCUGGUGGUGGUGCCGCUCUACAGCGACACCAUCAACUCACUGGUGGGCAUCUGCGUGGCACUGUCCGGCGUGCCCGUCUAUUUCGUCUGCUUCCGCCUGCCGCGCAGCUCCAGGCCCGCUUUCCUCAACAAAAUCCUCCACACACUUUCGUCUUACACUCAAAAAUUGUGCUACUGCUGCGUGGCGUCGCCCGACAUCGACUUGGACAACAUCGACGCCGACAAGAUGGAGUGAAAGAAAGACGGAAGGCACAGCGACCCUCUGCUCAAGACAAUCCUAUUUUUUUCUUAUUAUUUUGAAGAGAGGGAGGAUGAAGAAGAAAGCGGUACCUGCACACUCUGCACAUCGCUACGUUGCCACAGCCCGCCAACAUUUUGAGAAAAAUGUAUAUGCCGUCAAAUUGCACAUUUUACGUUGUUCUAUUUUAAGAAUGCAUUGUGGAUAUUUAUUUUUACUGGAGUUGGGAUUAUUUGACUGUUUCACACCUCAGUUUUGCUUUUGUUGUUAAAGGCAGGCACAGCACUGUGAUCAGGUUUGGUUUCUUAUGCCUCUUCGUGGACACAAAAGAUUUUCCAUCAUCUUUCCUUUGAUGAUUGUACUGACUUGACUUGAAGGGGGGGGGGGAGCAGCAGUUUAUUGUUUUUCCAUGUUAAAAAGUUGGAAAAUAGUUAAGCUCUUUUAAUAUACCCUCUUGUGCCAAAAGUACCACUUUUUUCAUGGAAAAUGACAAUUUGGGUCAAAAAAAUGAAAAUUAUAAAAACAAAAUAACCCCCCCCCCGCAGUAAAAAUAUGCCUUCAUGUUCAUACAAUUACAUUUUAAAAAAACAGUUGUUUAAAAAUAAUCACAUCUCUUUUCCUUUUGACAUUGGAACUAUUUUCUUUCAUCCUUACGACGUUGUUAUUGUCAUUUUCAACAGUGCCUCUUGUCAUCAGUAUCAAACCUCAGGAUCAGGCUAGCAUUUCAUUUCACGGUGCCUUUGGAGCUUUCUUUGUUUUUUUUUUGUUGUUGUUGUUUUUACCCCCUCAGCCCCAUUCAUGUUGCACAUGUUCUGCUUGACAUAGGAGUUUGUGGUGUGGGGGCACUUGAACGGAUUAGCUUUUAAUGUAGAACUACCCUGUUCGUGAAUCACAUGUGCCUUUUGCCUCAGUUUCCUGCCAAUAUUUGUGCUUGCCAUAAUGUUUAUUAGAGCAGAUUUCCAGAUUACACGUGACAGUUAGGGGUGGAAAAUUCUGUAAAAUUUCGAUGUUGGCAACUUUGUAUGGGAAUUAUGGGAGUAAAACCAAAAAUUUACCAAAAUUGAAGGUUGGCUAGUAAUAGAGAUCUUCAAAUACAAUAUUACCACAAUGAUAAAAAGUAAUUCACAUGGAAAUGCAUUUUCAAAAUUGAACAUUAACUUCCCAUGGAAAUUUCAUGGCACAUUUAACUUUAUUGGGCAUUUUUCACCCCUUUUGCAAGCCUAUUUAUGAUUGGGCAUCUAGGUAUUGCCCCGAGCCAGCAGAAGCACUCAAAAUAAAAUCAAGAUGAUUAAAAAAGAAAAUUGUAGCUUUUAGCAAGAAUAAUUGUAUUAGGUAACAUUUAUAUAGAAAUAUAUAUUUACAUUCACUUCCAAAAGCUGAAUUUCCAAUCUAAGAAAAGUUGUGAUAUAAAAUUGCGUGUUAUAGUCUUUUAUAUUUUCAUGUCACUGCCAAAUGCGUGUUUGUACAGUUGGGGUUGUUUGUGGCAAAUGUUUUUAUUUAUUGUACAUUUAGAACAAACCAAUUGUGAGUAUUGGGUUUUUAAAAAAUAUAUAAUUAAAUCUAAAUAAAGUUGUUCUUUU